AGCUGCGCGCAAUCCGGCGCACCGCGUUGCAUCAGCCAAGCAGACGGCGCUUCCUUGCUGCUUCCCGGGCGCGCUUGACAAGAGGUCCUGUGGACAGGCUCAUCCUGUAGACGGAAGGAUGGAAGCAGCCGAGCAGCAGAUUCUUGUUCGGAAGGAGAAAAAGAAAGUUUCUGGAGAGAAGAAAAACAUGGAAGGAACUGGUGACAGCAGUCGUUCUGAGCUUAGUCCAUGGCCUGACUAUAUUAACCAGCGUUUGGAAAUGUAUCAUAAACUUAAAGCAGAACAUGAUACUCUUCUGGCAGAGCGAGCUGCUAAAGACAGCCAGCCCAUUAAAGUGACCUUACCCGAUGGCAAACAAAUUGAUGCGGAAUCCUGGAAGACUACACCAUACCAAAUUGCCUGUGGGAUCAGUCAAGGUUUAGCUGACAACACGGUUAUUGCUCGAGUGGAUAAAAUGGUUUGGGAUCUUGAUCGUCCUCUGGAGAAAGACUGUACCUUGGAAUUACUCAAGUUUGAUGACGAAGAAGCUCAAGCAGUGUACUGGCAUUCUAGUGCUCACAUAAUGGGCGAAGCCAUGGAAAGAUUAUACGGUGGUUGCUUAUGUUAUGGUCCACCAAUAGAGAAUGGAUUUUACUAUGAUAUGUUCCUUGAAGAUGGGGGCGUGUCUAGCAAUGACUUCCCUGCCAUUGAAGUCUUGUGCAAGAAAAUAAUGAAAGAGAAACAACUUUUUGAGCGACUGGAAAUUAAGAAGGAAACUUUACUUGAAAUGUUUAAGAAUUCUUCUACCUAUUGGGAAGGAAAGUCUGAUAUGGAAACCUUACAAAGGGUUUAUGGCAUCUCUUUCCCGGAUGCUAAGAUGCUGAAAGAGUGGGAAAAGUUCCAAGAAGAGGCAAAGAACCGGGAUCACAGGAAAAUUGGACGGGAUCAAGAACUCUUUUUCUUCCAUGAACUCAGUCCUGGCAGCUGUUUCUUCCUUCCGAAAGGCGCUUAUGUCUAUAAUACACUGAUAGAAUAUAUCAGGUCUUAUGUUUGAUCAUCGGCCAAGGUCUUGGAGGGAGCUGCCUCUGCGCCUGGCUGACUUUGGAGUUCUGCACCGUAACGAACUGUCUGGGACGCUGACCGGUCUCACCCGAGUGAGGAGGUUCCAGCAAGAUGACGCUCACAUAUUUUGCGCCAUGGAGCAGAUUGAAGGGGAGAUCAAAAGUUGCCUGGAAUUCUUGCGCACCGUGUAUGAAGUCUUUGGUUUUUCCUUCAAACUUCACCUCUCUACCCGUCCGGAAAAGUUCCUUGGAGAUAUUGAAGUGUGGAAUGAAGCUGAAAAGCAACUUGAAAACAGCCUGAAUGAGUUCAACGAAAAAUGGGAACUGAACCCUGGAGAUGGAGCUUUCUAUGGGCCGAAGAUUGAUAUCCAGAUCAAAGAUGCCAUUGGGAGGUACCAUCAAUGUGCCACCAUCCAGUUGGAUUUCCAGCUCCCUCUGAGAUUUAACCUGACAUACAUGAGCCAUGAUGGUAAUGACAAAAGGAGACCGGUGAUUAUACAUCGUGCCAUUUUGGGAUCGGUGGAGAGGAUGAUUGCUAUCCUGACUGAAAACUACGGAGGCAAAUGGCCACUCUGGUUAUCUCCUCAACAAGUGAUGGUAAUACCAAUUGGACCAACGUGUGAUGAAUAUGCACAAAAGUUUUAGUUGUUGGUGAGAAAGAGAAGGCCUGUGGGACUGUGAACAUCCGUACGAGAGACAACAAGAUUCAUGGUGAACGUACUGUGCCCGAAACAGUAGAAAGGUUGCUGCAGCUGAAGCAAAGCCACAGCAAAAAUGCUGAAGAAGAAUUUUAACCAAAUCUUUUCCUUCUUUACCUCCAAUUAGAGCGAGCGUUCUCGUUCUCGCCUAUGUUCGUUUUAAGGGAUAAAAGUUUUACACUAUCCUGUCUUUGAAAUAAGUCAAAAACACAUUUAUAGGUUCAAAAUUCAAAUAGGGAUGAAAUUGAAAGUCUUUGUAUGAUGAGGGAGAUUAUUUUGAUUAGCAACUGGAUAAAAGCAUCCGAAAUGAUGUAUCUAAGAUCCAGAGAAAAGGCUAGUCGGGGAUUCAGAUCAAAUCUCUUCAGUGUUUUUCUUCAGAAAAUAAAUUUGGCUAAAAAUGCCUUCUGAUUUUCGACAAAGA